GGUUAGACUAUACGCGUGUGUUAUACGACUGCCUCCCGGACCCAUACCUCUACCACUAAUAGGGAACUUAUGGAUAUGGAUAGGAAACAAGUUACAUAUCGAUGUUAAGUUUGGGGAGUUAUGCAAAAAAUACGACCCGGUGUUCACGUUAUGGGUCGGACACAUGCCGGCCAUCUUUAUAAACGACAUCGAUUUGGCCCGAGAGGUGUUUCGCAAGACUGACUUUGCCGGCCGUCCGGCCAGUAGUUAUACAAGUACUCUGUUUUCCAACGAUGAGUACACUGAUAUAGUAUUCGCCGAUUUUGGCCACAAAUGGGAAGCCCUAAGACGUGUCGCUCAUUCGGCCGUACAAAAAUAUGCGGCGAGUGAUAAACUAAUGUAUACGGCGGCUGAUUGUGUCGAUUACACCAUUAAGACAAUUGUGGACAGAGAGGGCAUUGAUAAGCCGUUUAAUCCAAUACCUUAUAUUCAUCACAUGUUGGUUAACAUACUGUCCGCCAGCGCUUUCAAUAAAAGUUUUGAGCAAAUUGUUCUA